UGUUGCAGUUUUGCAACGAGUUUUACUUCACUUGCCAUAAAGCAAGAUAGAUUUGCAGAGAUUUGAUUUAGUAUAAAUAUAGAACAUUUGGUAUUUGGCAGCAUCAGUCCUAUGACAACUGUCACACAAAUCACUGAGCAGCAGAAAAGAUGAAAUUCCUUAUUGUAUUCGCCUGCAUGUUGGCCAUCGCCUACGCCAACGAGGAAGCCAAUGUAGUUAAGAGCGAACAAGAAGUUGAGCCAGAUCACUUCAGUUAUGUGCUCCAACUCGACAACGGUGUGGAUCUACAGCAGGAAGGUCAUUUGGAGGGUGAUGAUGUCUGGAAUGUAGGUGGCUCAUACAAAUUUAUCUCGCCUGAAGGUGAAGAAGUCAGUUUGACUUACACCGCUGAUGAGACUGGCUACCAUCCCGAUCCAAACAGCAAAUGGAUCCACCCCAUUCCUGUAGAAAUCAUCAGAUCCAUUGAAUACAUUAAGAACCAUCCAAGCCAGGCAUAAAGUGUUCGCACAAAACAUUUGUAAUUAAUCUAGAAUUUUAAUUUUAAUUUGUUUGCUAAUGAAAAUGUAUGGACGAAUGUGAUAUAA